GGUUUGGCAAAUGUCGAGCACAAGGUGGAUGAGGAAAGCCAAGCAAUAAUCUUGUUGCGCUCAUUACCAAUGGCAUACCAAAAAGUGAAAGCUGCAAUAAAGUAUGGAAGAGAUAUCAUCUCACUAGAUGGAGUCCUUGGAGCAUUGAAGUCCAAAGAUUUUGAACUUCAGUUGGAGAAAGAAUCCAAGAAGGAUGAAGCUUACUUUGUUCGUGGAAGAUCAACAAAGAGAAGCUCUUCAAGAAGCCAUACACCAUUUCACUCACGUUCUAAAUCAAGAGGAAAGGAUUCAAGAACAUGUUACCACUGUGGAAAGGCAGGACAUAUCAAGAGAUUUUGCAAUCUGUUAAGAAAUCAACAAGGGUCCAGAUCAAACCAGGACCAGAGAAGACCCAUCUACAAUCAAUUUCAUAAUGAGAACAAACACCAACAAGGAAUGAAGUCUCGAAAUGAUUUAGCUGCUGUAGUAGAAGGAGAAGAUGAAUGUGUCUCAGAAGGAGAACUUUUCUCCAUCUCAAAAACCGCCAUGACAAGGGAGUGGAUUCUUGAUUCGGGAUGAACAUUCCAUAUGUGUCCCAAUCAAGAAUCAUUUUUUGAUUAUAAAGAAAUUAAUGGUGGUAAAGUACUAAUGGGUAAUAAUGUUUCUUGCAGGGUCUAUGGCAUUGGCAAGGUAGCUGUUAAACAAUUUAAUGGUGAGGUCAAGGUAUUGACAAAUGUGAGGCAUAUACUAGAAUUGAGGAGAAACUUGAUUUCUCUUGGAUCUUUGAAAGAUGAUGGAUACAGCUACAAGUCUACAAAUGACAUCUUGAAAAUCACUAGUGGCUCUCUAGUAGUGAUGAAAGGGAAGAAAGUUAAUGGAUUGUAUGUACUAGAAGGAGAAACUGUAGUAAUUGCUGAAGCAUCUGUUGUUAAGACUCAGGAAAGUGGAAUGCUUCUGUGGCACCAACGGAUGAGACAUAUCAGUGAGCAGGGGCUGAGAGAGCUUCACAAACAAGGAAGCAUAGACAGGUUGAAGACCUGUGCAUUACCUUUUUGUGAAGCAUGUGUAUUUGGAAAGCUGCAUAAAAUUAAAUUCACUGCAGCAAAGCACAAUACCAAAGGAGUCUCGGAGUACAUUCACUCGGAUUUAUGGGGGCCUAGCAAAAUACCAACACACUCAGGUGGAAAAUCAGAGCCAAGUUUCAGAUCAAAACGGGAGAAGAAAGUUCAAGAUCCUAGAGCUUCCGCAAUACAACUGAUACAGAACACAAGCUAGAGGACUAUGUCAACCAUGGCCAAGUUCGAGCUUGCGAAAUUUGAUGGUACAAAUGAUUUCUCAUUGUGGAGAGAAAGUUUUAAAUGAAUUUUGGUACACCAGAAAGUAGCCAAGAUUCUUGGAGAUCAGAAGUUGCUGGCUGAUAAGAAACCUGAAGAAAUAGCUGAGAUAGAAGAAAUGGCCUGCUACACCAUAAUCAUGUACCUAUCAAAUGGAGUACGGAGGAAAUUGACUUCAGAGACUACGGCAAAAGGAUUAUGGGAUAAGAUGGAAAAAUUAUAUUUAAAGCCUUCUGUUUCCAACACCUUGCUAUCAAGGGUCAUUCUAUUUGACCAUGACAUAGACUUGUAUAAACAUAAAAAUGUACCUUGGGUCUAUUUGCUCUAUUAUUUUUUUCUUCUUCCAUAUUUUUU